CGCGGGACUCACAUUUCUAAAUAUCGCGAAUUCUCCUGCUGUUUAUACGUGUGGCAGUAGUUUCAGGCAAGUCCAAGAAAGGUGGAGACCAUUACAAACAUAGGUUUGGUAAACUGCUAUUCAGCCAAAGGCGAAUGGCUUAACUUGCAUAUCGGUAGUGAAUUUGCAAAAAGCACCUUGGCUUAGUAAAUACACAUAGCUAGCUAGCAUUCAAGCUGCUAGCUAACGCAAGAAAACGGAUAGCAGAUUCCAAACAUCUGAUAGCGACAUUGAAGGACAUUAUGGUAGAGGUUGUGGUUGAGUAUGAGUAUGAUGCCCUCCAUGAAGAUGAGCUGACCCUGAGGCUGGGAGACGUGAUCAGGAAUGUCUGCAGGAUCGAGGAGGAGGGAUGGAUGGAGGGAGACCUCAACGGGAAGAGAGGACUCUUCCCUGACAACUUCGUCAAGGAGGUAAAUGAGCCCAAGGAGGUGAACGUGACAAAGGAGGAGGCCGAGGAGGAGCUGCCCCAGCGGAGAGAGAAGAGUGCAGGGAAUGUGGCCAACCUGGUCCAGAGGAUGAGCACCUACGGCAUCCCAGCUGGGGGCUUCCAGCCACACUCACAGCCCCGUGGACUCAAGAAGAUGUCUAAGAAGCGGCAGUGCAAGGCGCUGUUUGAUUACAUGCCCCAGAACGAGGAUGAGCUCGAGCUGAAGAUUGGGGAUACCAUCGACAUCGAUGAGGAGGUAGAGGAAGGCUGGUGGAGUGGAACCAUGAAUGGAAAAUCAGGACUGUUCCCCUCCAACUUUGUCAAAGAGAUUGAGACGAACGAAGAUGAAGAAAUGAACGACGUAACAGAUGAAACUGACGUUAGCGGUAAAGAAGCUCUGCUUCUCCCCACCCCCACCCCCCCCAUCCACCUCUCUCCAGGCAACGGAGUGAUCGCCCAGCCCAAGAAGAUCCGGGGGGUGGGCUUCGGGGACAUCUUCAGGGAAGGUUCAGUCAAGCUGAAGGUCCGCCUACCCAGCUCAGAGGGAGAAGAGAAGAAAGACAAACCAAUCCCAUCAUUACCAUCUGCCGCAAAGCCCGCCCAUUCCAACACGACAGAUUCACAGAAAGCAGAGGGGGACAGCAAAGCAAAAGUAAAAGAAUACUGCAAGGCCACCUUUGCUUUUGAGUCCACAAACGAAGACGAGCUGACACUGAAAGAUGGCGACGUAAUACAAAUAUUGAGUAAGGACACUGGGGAGCCGGGGUGGUGGAGAGGGGAGAUCGGAGGUAAAGAGGGUGUCUUUCCUGACAACUUUGUGGCUGUUAUGUCAGAUGAAGACAAAGAGCCAGCUCCCACAUCAAGAGGAUCAGUCAAACUGUCUCCCAAGCAGGAAGCAGAAGAGAGACUCAAGAAGCCGCCGCCACCAUCAAAAAGCAUAGCUCGAAAACCCGAGGUCCCGAGCGCCGACAAGAAGCCCCAGCAUCCCCAUCCUGAGGAUAGAGGUGACAAGACAGAUCACAAAGUGUUAAAGCCUACUGCCCCUCUGGUCCCCCCCAAGAAACCCGUACCCCCGCCAAGCAAGGGAAGACCAGCCAGCCUCCCUCCAAAACGACCAGACAAGCCUCUCGCACCCUCCCCAGGGUCCAAGCACAAUGGAGAGGUGCCUUCCACGCGACCAAAGUCUGACAUUGAGCCAACAUUACCCACUAAAUCAAAAACGCUGUCCGGUGACUGGGGGGACAAAGCCCUUGACAUGGAACUGAUGAGCUUUGAUCUGUCGUCUACCUCUGAGAAGCUGUUUCACCCCACCGCUAACAGGCCAAAGAUGCCAGGCAGGAGGCUGCCCGCUCAGUUUGGAGGAGGCCACUCUCCAAACAAGAACAUCAGCGUGGAGAAAACCUUAAAGUUGGACGAGGAGGAAGCACCCAAACCAAAGUUGAUAGACACAAGAAAGCCUUCCAUGCACAGCUCACACUCCCAGUCUCCUGUCCUUAAGCCCAGCCCAUCCCUGUCGGAGGGGUCAAAAGCCUACCUGGUGUCGUUCCCUGGCUGCAGAAGCCCCAGCACUAGCUUCAGCCGAAGCCACAGCCCAGGCCCCAGCACAGAGCCCAAGCCCAGGGCAGAGCCAGAGGAGCAGAGGUCUGAGCUGGAGGACCUCCAAUCCCAGAUGAAAGAACUGCUGCUGUCUGUGGAGCUCCUCAAGACGCAGCAAAUGAGAGAGAUGGCAGAGCUAAGAAGCGAGCUGGAUGAGGAGAAGUUGAAACGAGUGGCCCUGCAGAUGGAGAUAGAGAAAUUAAAGAAGACAGUUCAGUCGACGUGAAGUCUGACCCAAUCAGCCUGGAACAUCAGUCACCUAUCUGUCUUUCCCUGACCCCGCUGGGCAGAGACUCAGGAGGGGGACGAUGGCAUUCCUAUAAUCCUUUUAGAUAUCAACCUAUUCCACAUUUGUAAGAUUUACAUUUUUGCACAUGAAGGUUUUCUAGUUAUAUAAAGGUGUAAUUAAAUACGGAUGUAUAUGUUUUUUUGUUACAUUCUAGUUUCUGUUUUGUUUUGCCAACACAAAUGAUUGAGGCCUUUCUACUGUGCUGGACUGGCAUUCUCUAUGGGAAUGUGUGAGGAUUGCUCUCAAUACUACUACUGAUUCUGUAUGAAGCGAUAGUUUUUAUUGGCGUUUGUUUUCUUAUUUUUUACGACUUCCAAGUAGUUGAUUUUAAGUAUCCAUUUUAGCAUCUUUAGAUCAUAAUGAAUGAUAUUGUGAUUUGUCUGUUGCUAUGGCGGUGUUGUACUCCAUUGCUUUGGCAUUAGGGAGAUUUUCUUUUCUUUUUUCCUAACAUUCCUAUCCAGGGUAUCACUAUUGUGCCUGUUAAAAAAAUCUUGGUGUUAAUAUUUGUAGCUUACAUUUAUCAAAAGGUUUAGGCUUGCUGCAUGAUAUAUUUUUUUAAGUCUACUGACGAUGUGCUUACACAGAGGGCCGUUUUUUUCUUGUACAAUUUAUGUGAGAAGGUUCUCCCAGAAAGAGCAAUUAGAGUCAUUGUACAGGUGUAUAAUAUAAAUCCUAUAUUUAGUACCAUCAAAUACAGCCAAUAAUAGCCAUACUUGAAAAGAGCACCAGUGAUUUACGGGCUAAAACUCCAUUUUAUUUCAUGCCACUGUAAAGAUUGUGGCUUACUCAUUGAUUGUUGUUCUCCUGUUCGCCAAAUGCUCUGACCCCUCUUUUAUGAACCAUAUGCAGCUCUCUCCUACUCUUUCUCUGUAAAGGAAAGCCAUGUGUACUUUUAAAGAGUGAGCAAUCUCUUUCCAUCCUCCCAGAUGAGACCUGAAGUCCUGUAUAGCAGUGACCGUUUGUGUGUCUGUUUCCACGUUGUUCUGAAUGUGUCACAUGUCUUUAUGCUUUGACCAAGUACAAACAUGGAGCGUGGAGGUUAACUGGACAGUACACAGUAUCUCUGCCAUUUCUCAGUACUGUAAGUGAGAGGCUGAAUGGAAAGGCAUUAGGGAAGAGAUCUACUUCAUACAGAAUGGUUAAGCUCUGCACCUUACUUAUGCACCGCCAACACCACUGUUUGUCAGUGAACCAUCCGUUGUGACUGUCGAAUGGUAUUGGAGGACUCCGAGACCCUGCUAGAGUUUAAGUUGAAAGCCUUAAAGAUGGACCCAACAUUAGCGUGAGCAGGGUGAACUGCUAGAAGGAGUUCACACAAGGUGUUUUUGAUGGUAUGCAUUCUGUGUACCGCUCAGACAAAUCAUGAAAGAAAUCGCCUUUGAUAAAAAAGCAUCGGUUGCAUCUAUUUUAUGCAGCAAUUUGAUGAUUCUUAACGUGUUACUUAACCAUGAUGAUCAGAAGGAUGUUUGCCUCGACUCCAGAUCCUCCGAAACACUAUGGAUGGCCUUCUGUAUGCAUCCUUCUGCAUAUUAUAUUUUAGCAAGUGAAUUAUUGCUUUACAUUUUAAGUAUAUAGUACCAGUCAAAAGUUUGGACACACCUACUCAUUCCAGGGUUUUUCUUUAUUUUUGCUAUAUUGUAGAAUAAUAGUGAAGACAUCAAAACAAUGAAAUACCACAUAUGGAAUCAUGUAGUAACCAAAAGUAUUAAACAAAUCAAAAUAGAUUUUAGAUUCUGCAAAGUUGUCACCCCUUGCCUUUACUUUGAGGAGUCUAAAAUAUAUUUUGAUUUGUUUAAUACUUUUGGUUACUACAUGAUUCCAUAUGUGUUAUUUCAAAGUUUUGAUAUAUAUAUAUAUAUACUGAUCUCACAAAAUGUCUUAUCCAGGAAAUAUGUUGUCCUUCACAAGAGUACACCAAGCUGUGUACUAUCCUCAGGCUUAUCUUAUCCUUUAAAAGAACGCAGUCCUGAUCACGGGCUGUGUGUGUCCAUGUGUAUAUGCAUAAGGAAGCCUGAGAGCCUGUGUGUGUGUGUGUGUGUGUCUGAGGUUGGAUUUUAGGUUUGUAAGUGUGUUUGGCCUUGUUGACAUGCUGAUCCCUAAAGCAAUAAGAAUCUGUAAUGUCUCGUUUCCAUCCCCCCAUGUUUCGCAUGGCUACAUUCUAAGUUGAGGUUGACUAAAGAGAUAAUCAUGCAAAGGUAUAUACAGUAUGUGUAUAUAUAAAGAAAAGGCUAUCCAUGUAACGGUUAUUUGGCUUAAUUACUGUACAUUCCAUUAUUUGAUGCAAAGAAAAUAGGAAAUAUGUGCACAUUUAACAUCUUCAAGUGAUCUUGUUUACAUGUGCUGUGAAAUUGCAUGAAAUUAGAUUUUUUUCCGAAAUGAAUAAAUAUCUUUAUUUACA